AGUUUGAAGUGGACUGAAGUGGAUCUGAAUGCUAUGUUUUAUCAUAACUGUUAACAUGUGCGGCUGUUCAUAAAAAAACUUUUACGUGCCGGAAACUAAUUGCUGUUGGCAAUUCUUUUCUUGAUAACGACGUAUUUUACGAGAUGAGUAAUAAACAGAUGUAGUACACAAUUAAGUUGAAUCACUGUUUUCAACUCAUUAGCGUUAAUUGACAAUUCGUUAGACACAGCUACAAAGUAGAAAAUUAUAUUCAGUCAAUAACAUAACACUGUAUAAAUCUAUACGCAUUAUUUGACGACACAAAAAAUGUUCACAAUAAAUGCGAGCCCUGAGGAUGAUGAAGUCCCCAUUGUUGAGCAACCGGGUGAUGUCACUGCUCAGAGAAGGUUGGACCACGGACGUUAUCUUGUCAUCGUGAAUGCGGUCAAUACCGUACUUGCUUUGCUCACGUUAAUACUCAUGGGCUAUUGGAGUGACAGUGUUUAUCAGCUUCACACAAGAGACAGCAAAACAAGAUUCUUCAUGUACACCACCAUUCACAGCUUUGUCGUGUUAGUCAUUCUUGUAAUGCUGAAUUUGCUUGGAAAGAAGAAAUUCAAUCCCAGGAUAGUGGAUGGCGUGUGUGCAGUCAACUGUUUAAUUAUUGCUUUCUUUCUUCUGAUUGGUGGAUCAUUAUCUGCUACCAAGCUACACAAUUGGAUAGAUGUGAAAGUUAUAGAAUACAAACACUAUCAUCUCCAAGUUAGAAAUCAUACUAAUAUUUGUGAAACCCAAAAAUCCUCUAUAAAGUGUGAACUACUAGCUGCUGCAGUGGGACUAGCACUCAUUCUGAUGAUUGGAUGUCUCAUUCAAACUGCUCUCCAUUGCAUUGCACUUUAUCGAAAUCGUACCGCAAAAUAAACUAAUAAAAAAUCCUCCAAAUGAAAGUGGAGUCCUAUGUGAUGGUUGUUCAUUUGAAGCCUAAAUGAGGCUUCUUGUAUGGUUACUGCGAUAGAUUGAGAAUCUUCAGAUUAAGUUAUCAAUUUUUGCCUAUAAGUAAAGCCUUGUCUCACAGACCAUUUUGAGUUAUAUUAUUUUCUGUUUGGGUGAAUGAGACAUUCCACUAAACCUUCCACAUACUGAAACAAAGUACUUUUAACGUA